UGGCAGCCAUUUUGAAGGAGAGCUUCCGUCACAACAGUCUGUGGUCGUAGGAGUGCCUGUGAUUUCGUACUUUUAUUGACUAUCUAAGAAUAUGUUUCGUUGUGAAUUGUAAUUUUGUGUCAGGGAUAUUCAGGCAAUAGAAUCUGUUAACUGAGUUGUCAUAUUCGAUUCAUUUUCGCAAGAUUAUCGGUCUUUUCUCAGGACGAAGGCCGCCUACACAUUUCGUGCGAACAUUAUCAUGGUAAAAUAUUCUCAUAUGAAAGGACUUCUCUGGGAAUCGUAACACGCUGCCAUUUGUGUGUUUUCAAAGAUCUCCUGAAUGCUUUAACCAUUUGUUUUUCUAUAAGUGACAUUGCUAAGACAAUGGAUGAUAGUGACAAAAAGUUUAGCUCACCACAAGAAGAGAUCGCCCAUUGGAGGCGGAAAGCAGAGGAAUUUAAACUUAGCCUGGAGGAUACUCGUGAAGAGCUUGAAGAGUUCCAGAUCAGCAGCAGGGAGCUUGAGGCGGAGCUGGAGACGCAGCUAGAACAGUCAGAUAAUAAAAACCGGGAACUCCAUGCGGCCAAUGAACGGUUGCAGAUGGAAUUGGACUCCAUUAAGGAAAAGCUAGAACAGACCCAAGAAACUUACCACAAGCAGUUAACAGAGCUGCAAGAUGAUCUAGCACAAGUCAAGGCAUUUAAAGAUGAACUUCAGAAGUAUAUCAGGGAACUAGAACAGACUAAUGAUGACUUAGAGCGAGCUAAAAGAGCAACAGUAGUAUCGCUAGAAGAUUUUGAACAGAGGCUAAAUUUGGCAAUAGAGAGGAAUGCAUUCCUUGAGAGUGAAUUGGAUGAGAAGGAAUCACUGGCAGAGACUGUGCAAAGGUUGAAAGAUGAGGCAAGAGAUCUGAGGCAGGAGUUGGGAGUGAGGACACGGCAGGCUCCAGAGGAGCCUCAGUCUUCAGACACAGAGAAGUCCGACAUGGUGGUCCAGACUGACCGCAUUGACUCUAACAAGCUGGCCGAGGAGUCAGCUCCCAGUACGCCUAGGACACCAGCACAGACUGGUAAAGCUCUCCCUAUUGGUGCCAAUGGCAGCUCCACCCCACUCACUCCCACAGCUAGGAUAUCAGCGCUCAAUAUAGUAGGAGAUCUACUACGUAAAGUAGGGGCCUUAGAAUCCAAACUGGCAUCCUGUAGGAAUUAUGUGAAAGAUCAGCCUACCAAGGGUAACACACCAAAAGCAGGGUCAGCACCAAGCCCUGUUAAUACCCCAAGGUCUGGGCAAAGUGGAGGAAGAAAAAACAGUGUCUCCAGUGCCUCGCCGUCCUCUUCAGCAUCUAUUUUUGAUUUCGGGUUUCGCGGCUAUCAAAAAGGAGUAAGAAACUCAACCGAGGGUCCGCCACCCCGGCUCAGAGUGGUUUAGUCAAGAUCACAGUGUAGUUCAGCAGCAGAGAUCUGGGCACAGACGAGUCCCACACGGUCUUUCUCAGACUUUUGUGGAAAUCUUUCUGUGGGAUUCAUGCAUGGGUUUUUGCACAAGGGGGCGUGUCUCACUCAACAUCUCGUGUAGAUUGUACAACCAGUGUAUUUAGGGAAGCAUAUCUAACAGCUGUGAUGGUGACUUUCCUUGAAAGAAUGACCACAGCUCCUUCAGAUAUGUGUGGAAAUUUGGAAAACAUGAGCAGUUGAUGCAUUACGUAGGUCUUUGUUAGAAAAGUGUCGCCCUUUGGGUUACCUGGCAUUUGGGGUUGGAAAUGAUUUAAUUUGUUAUCUACGGGUGUUAGAAACAUAUUAAACUCAUGCGUGAUUGUAGGUUGUUACCAGCUGCUGAUUAAAUCUUGCAAACCAUCUUCACUCAAAAUGGGAUGUACCUCAGGGUUAUAGAGCCAAGAGAGAGGAUAGCAUGGAUAUGAAAUUCAGAAAAAAAAUUCCUGUGCAAAACCUACCCUUUGUUAAACUAUUUUUUUUUUUUUUUUUUUUUUUUUUACUCAGAUUGGUCAACAUUUCAAUGCCCAUACUGCUAUUGCUGCUUUGUAUAGAUUCAUUUCAUAAGGCCAGACUUCAGCUACUUGCAGCAGUCUGUCCCUGUCCCUGCUGCCUUAGGAAUCAUUGUGUUCUUCAACUCACAACUUGUUUUCUGUUUCAUUGUAUAUUUCACAUACACACACUGUAUCAUACCUCAUUUCAAGAUAUCCUUAUUUAUGAAUCGACUCUUUCUGAGCACGAUUUACAUUUUAUUACCUGUUUUAUUAUAUGUAACACAGGUUUCAGUGGGUAGAGUAUAUCUAUAUAUAUAAAUAUAACUUAGGUGGUUUCUCAAGAGAUGGAUUGAGGUAAAUCUGAAUAUCAUUUAAUUUGAUUUUUUAAUUUGAUGAUUUAAAUUAAAUUAUUUCGACAUGCAUAUCCAAAUGAAAUUUGUUGACCUUGUCAAGUGUUCCUUAUUUUAUAUAUCUGAUAUUUGGAUAAAACGAAAUGUGGCUCUGGAAUGAAUAAUUAUAUUAUAUAUAUUGGUAACGAUAUUCAUUUCUGAACUUCUUUACCUUUUACAUGAAAUUGUUAUGAUAAAAAUGCAUUUUCAGUUUGGAAGGUUUAAGAUAAGCUUCAUACAUCCGGGCAAUUUUUAAUUUUCUGGCUGACCAACUAGGGGAUAUUGACCGGUAAAAAGUGGCAAAAAAUAGAACCUUAUUUCCAGUUUCUGAGAAUCCUAAUAACCAAUGUCAGUUUUCAUCUGGAUGAAGGCCAUAUAGAUGUUAGUCAUGUUUGGUUCUGGCCAGAAACUUUAUUGUGGAUAUUAUUAUCAUUAUUAUUUACUUUUGGCAUAGGAUAAACAUAGUAUGACGAUUGGAGUAUGACGCCUAUCUCUCCCUACAAAAGUGUAUAUUCCUGUUAGUUAAUAAUACGUCAGCCUUUCAGGUGUAAUACAUAGAAUGAAUGUUAAAGCAGUGUUUUUGCUCAACUGUGCUGCUAUAUAUGAUUCGUUUUCUUUCGCUUUCAUUGAAAUUUUUAGAGGCGAUAUAUUUCUUGACUUCGUAUCUUUAAUGUAAAUUAUAAUGUGGCCACAAUUAUACGUUUUAAAACUUGCCGAAAUGACUUAGUUAGUAAGAAUGUUAUCGGAAGAAAGAUUAAGUGUAAAGUAUACUUUUUAAAAAUACAAUUUAACCGUUAACUUGUAGCUGAAACGGUUACUUUUUAAAUUCGACUUCAAACUACAUUAAUAAAUUUUUAGUCCACGCA